AUGGAUAAGUUGGGAGAGUCUGUGUUAUAUCAUGACACAGAUUCCAUAAUUUACGCUAGCAAUGGAACAAAUGAUCCCGCUCUGGGCAAUCUUUUAGGCGAGUUCACGGAUGAAUUAAAUGGGGAUACGAUAGAAACGUUUGUGUCAGGCGGCCCAAAGAACUAUGGAUACAAAACAGCCUCUGGAAAAACAUGCUGUAAGGUUCGAGGCUUUACCUUGAAUUUUAGAAAUUCAAAGAGCCUCAACUAUGAUGCUUUAAAGUGGUUAGUAUCUGGAAUGAGUGAUGACACAAUUGCACUCAAUAACCCAUCAAAAAUCACGAGAGAUCCCAAGAAAAGACGCAUCAUCAACAAACCUGAAACAAAAUUGUAUCGGAUGGUUUACAAUAAACGCGUCAUCCAGCAAGACUUCACGACUUUGCCGUAUGGAUACUGGUAA